AUGACUGCACGAAGUAGAGUACAGAAGCUUGUGGAAAUGGCCAAAGCACAAUAUCCAAAAACCACCAAGGAAACUGUUGCAACUACAUUGAGUUACAGUAUUGAUGAAACACCUAGCAUUGAAGAAAUUGAUAAAUUGCUGUUGGAAUUUGAAGACAAUAUUAUUUCUCAUGGUGUACCUGCAGACAUUGACUAUGAUGCAGGUACUGUUUCAACAUUUCAAGAAACACUAAAAAACAUUAAUUUAUUUGAAUUUAUUGAUGAUGAUCCAACAUAUUUAUACAAUUAUGAACCUAAACAAACAAAUGAAAAUCUGAAUGAAGAUCCUCAAGUCAUGCUUACAAAAAAACGUACAAGAAAGCCAGAUAAUUGGAAAAGAAAUAUAAAAAAGUUAGCAAAAAAUAAAGGUGAAGAGUAUGUCAGUGAAUCAGGAUCAAUUGUUAAAUCAAAAGUAUUAAAAGCUCCAUGUGUAAAUUGUUGA